AUGGGUCACUGCAGUCGAAAGCUAGGCGGGCUGGCGGCACACCCUACCAACCACGAGAUGUGCUCGGUUGGCGACGAUCAAAGCAUUCGCGUAUGGGACCUCAUCCACCAUCGCAAUCUUCGCAUGGUCAACUUGGACGCGCCCGCUCGAUCGUGCAUGUACUCUCCCGACGGAAAAAUCAUUGCGGUCGGGUUUGGUACCGAAUUCGAGUCAGAGAAGCCGCAACUGAAUGGCGCGUUUACCAUCCUGAACGAGGCCAACUUGGCCGUCAAGUAUCAAGGCAAGGACUCGAAAAAGUUUAUUUCCAACGUCAAAUUCAGUGCCGACGGCACAACGCUCGCCAUUUGCUCGGAAAACGUCGUGUAUAUGUACAACACGGACGACUGGGCGUCCAAGGGCAAAUGCCGCAGUAAAGACCCGAGCGUGACGUUUUCGCACUUUGACCUGAGCUCGACGGGCGAAUGGCUUCAAGUUGCCACAUCCAAAGGCGAAUUGGUCUACUACGACACGAACUCGAGCGUCGAGAACACACGCCUGGGCGCGCUCAAGGACGUGGCCUGGGCAACGUUGACGAGCAUUUACGGGUGGUCUGUCUUGGGUGCAUGGCCCGCCAAGAAGAACGCGUUUGAUGUCGUUGCAAUCAACCGGAAUCGGGCAGGAACGGUGCUCGUCACGGGCGAUCAGUACGGCCACGUUCGGUUGUACAAAUAUCCGUGCGUGCCCACCAACAACUUGUGCCAUCAGUACAACGGGCACAGCGGCCGCAUUUCGCACGUCGAAUUCACGAUGGACGAUCAAUUCGUCAUGACGUCGGGCGAAGACGACCGAUGUUUGUUUCAGUGGCGCGUCGAGAUGGAAGCGAAGGAGCCGUCGCCGCCCGAGUUUGAGUACCACGCAACGUCCGACGAUGAGUUUGAGGUACUUGCGCCUGUGGAGCGCAGUCCGUUUGAGGAAGCGUCCAACGUCGGCGAGUUUGCGAUCGAGUCGCUGGUGCGACAAGGCGAAACGGACACUGGAGCGGAGCCAGUCAAGCCAUGGGUUGGCAGCUGCAUUCCGCCGUCGAAUGCUGCCCCUGAGCCAGACACCACGAUGCCCCCCGAUCAACUCGACAUGGAGUGGGUCUACGGCUACCGCUCCCAUGACUGCCGCAACAACCUCAAGUACACCAAGCACGGUACGGGGAAAAUGGUGUACCCUAUCGCCAAGCUCGUGGUUGUGUUUGACGUGAAAGGAUGGUCCCAGAAGCAUUUCAAACAGCACCAGGACGAAGUGCUAUGCCUCGCCACGCAUCCCAAUGUGGACAUCGUCGCGUCUGGCGAAGGCGGCAAGUUUCCAGCGAUCCAUGUUUGGCAAUCCCAGGCCCUUCACGUCGUUUCGACCCUUCGAGGCAUACACAAGCGAGGCGUGGUUGAACUCGCAUUCAAUCCGGCGGGGAAUAUCCUUGCGUCUGCCGGAAGCGACGUCGACAAUGCGAUCGUGUUGUACGACUGGGAGCUUGGGGUCGUGCUCUCGAGCGUCAAGUCUGGUCCACACAAGUUACUUGGUCUGGUCUUUCACCCGGCGACAUCGACGUUUUUAGCGUUGAACAAGCAAACGGUGCUCUUUUAUGCCCCCCAAGGCCGCAACCUCGUGCGCAAGCAGGCGUUGAUGGGCAAACGAGGGUUCGCCCAGCCAUUCUUGUCCGUUGUCUUUGUCCACCACGACGCGAUCGUGGGGUCGACCAGCGGCGAGCUGUACAAAUUCAAGGGGAUUGAGCUCGUUACGAUCGUACCAGCGCACACGCGAAGUGUGGCAGCACUGGCGGUGCACGGCACGUCGGUCGUUAGCGGUGGACGAGAUGGUCUUGUCAAGCUGUGGACGUCCGAGUUGGAAUGCGUCUCUGAAUGGAACUCUGUCAAUCAAAUGCCGAUUCGGUCGCUGGCUUGGGCCGGUCCAUCUCUCUUAGUUGGCACGCGUGACUCGGCUAUCUUUGAGCUGAGCGCGACGGACGGGUCCGUGCAGGUCAGCGUUGAAAUGCACUCGAAGGGAGACGUCCAGGCGCUGGCCGUGCACCCCGUCAAGGACAAAGUCGUCACGUGCGGAGAUGAUGCGACGUUGAGGGUGUGGGAUUUGUACCGGCAUCGGUGUGUGCUGAAAAUGGCGCUGGACACGGCAUCUCGCGCCGUCGCGUACUCUUCCGAGGGAGCAUACGUUGCCGUGGGUCUGGGCGGUAACCCUCGCAAGAAUCGGCACAAGAAGGAUGGUACGCUCCUGAUCUUCGAGGAGAAAGUCGCGGAUGGCAGCGUAUUGCACGAAACCCGCGACACAAAGCAGCCCAUCUCUGUCGUUGCGUACUCUCCCGACGGGGUGUCGUUGGUCGUGGGCGCGCAAGACAACUCGAUUUACAUCUACGACGUCCCCAACGAAUACGCCAAGCGCGCCACCUUUACCAAGCACAAAAGCUUCAUCACACACGUCGACAUCACGAGCGACUCGCAGUACCUUCGCAGCAACUGCGGCGGGUUCGAGCUCCUCUUUGCCGACUUGACAACUGGUUCGCACGUCGCCAGCGCGACAGCUCUCAAGAACCAGACAUGGCAUACAUGCCACACCAUCUUCAACUGGUACAACCAAGGCGCGUGGCCCGCCGUAUCGACCAAGACGACGGUGACAGCCAGCACCGCCAGCGCAACGACGCUCGUCGUGGGGGACUCGCAAGGCGUGCUGAAGCUGUUUCGGUUUCCGUGUGUCCGCGAUGGCUUGCCGUCCAGAGCGUACUCUGGACACGUGGGGCCAGUACAGUGCGUGUCAUUCAGUCAAAAUCGGUCGUACUGCGUCAGCGCUGGGUUAGCCGACCACAGCCUCAUUCAAUGGAAGGUGUUUUCCGCCCUUCCGUUGGAAAAGGACAUUGCGAAUCCUGCCAAGCUGGUGGAAGCCGAUGCGGAUCUCGAAACCGAGGGCUGGUUCGUGCCGACGCCGCUCGCGGUCGCACCAUUUGCAGGUUCUUCCACUUGUGCGAAGCCAUACCUAAGCAGCUUGAUCCCGCCGUCCGUGCUGCCAGACGAACCGCAAACGUUUCCGUAUGCGUUCGAGUUGGAAUAUGCCUACGGCGCGAGGCUGCAAGACGUCCGAGCCAUGCUCGCGUACACCAAGUCCAAGCGGCUUAUCAGUGUGGCUGGCAAAGUUGGCGUCAGCUACAACCGUAGAAAACAUCACGGUCAAGUGUUUUACCUUGGUCAUGCUGCCCCUGUUGUGUCGAUGGCGAUCAGCCACGAUGGACUCCUGGUGGCGACGGGCGAGGAAAUCUUUACGGCGCCAAAGGCAGCCUACCCUUGUAUUCAUGUCUGGGACCCGACGGCUUGCACACCGAUUGCAAUCUUGGCGCGUUUUCAUACCAAAGCAGUCGUGUACUUGGCCUUCAACGAGCCAACGACUCGCCUCGUGAGCAUCGGGAAAGAUCCAUACCACUCGAUGUGCAUCUACUUUUCGCCGACGGGGUUGUGGCACGAUAGCCGCAUCUUGGCGACGACCCGGACGACGCAUCUUCCUGCGCGCUUUGCCAUGACGUUGUCGUCCAUGCAGAGUGUGUACGACGUGAUCAGUGGCGGCGCCGAUCACAUGAUUUUCUGGCGGGUCGACCCGCCACAUUGCCAUGCAACGUUUGGCACGUUUGGAGCCCACGGGCAGAUUCAAAUGCUGACGUGUGGAGGCGCUCUCGACAAGGCCAGCAUUGUCACGGGCACUCGAACGGGCCAUCUCUACUUGUGGGACGCAACCACAACGACGAUUGAAAAGAGCGUCCCAGCCCAUGCCGGCACGAUCAACUGCGUGGCGAUUUCAACAUUUGGCGUGGUGACGGGCAGUGCCGAUGGCCAUGUCAAAGUGUGGAGCCGGUCGCUGCUUCCGAUCUGGGACUUUGACAUGGUCCAAGCCAAGCCCGCGUGCUCCAACCCGAUCGUGCGCAGUGUCGCAUGGGACGCAUUUGAAUCGCGGUUUGUCGUCGGGACCAAAGGCACGUUCGGUGGCGACGUGUACGAACUGAGCCAAGAACGUGGGGACACCACCCUCCUUCUCGAAAGCCACUCGGAGCACGGACUGUUUGGCCUCGCGACACAUCCAUCGCAGGCGCAUGUAGUCGCCACGGGCGGCGACGACGGCGCCCUGCGUGUUUGGAACUCGCACACCCACGAACUGAUUGGCAAAGUUGUCAUGGACGCGCCGAUCAAAUGCGUGAGCUAUUCCGGCGACGGGAAGCUGGUUGCAGUCGGCCUAGGCAGUGCAUCGCAAACGACGCAGCUCAAAGAUGGCGCGUUUUGCAUUUUGGAUGCCACGACGCUGGAAAUCGUGCAUGAAGGGCGCGAUUCCAAGCAAAGUUUGGCCGACAUCAAGUUUAGCCCGGAUGGCACGUUGCUGGCCAUGGGUUCGCACGACCAUUGCAUCUACCUCCACUCGGUCAUGGACAACUAUGCGCUCAAGUCCAAGUGCACCAAGGCGACGGGGCACGUCACGCAUGUCGACUUUUCCAAGGACAGCCGGUACCUCCGAGCCAACAGCGACGCGUUCGAGGUCCUUUAUGUGAAUACGCUGGACGGCGCGUCGAUCACCAGCCCGAGCCUCUUGCGUGAUGUCGAGUGGGCGAGUUACUCGUGUGUGUUGAGCUGGUCGUGCCAGGGCAUGUGGAGCGACGCGUUUGUUCAUGCCGUCGCAGUCGCGCCAUCCAAGAACGUGCUUGUGUGCGGAAACGAUCGCGGCGACCUCCACUGCCACUCGUUUCCGUGCUUGUCCAAAAACAUGGCGUUCGAAACACUCGAGGGCCAUGGCGGACCCGUGCAUGGCGUCGCCAUCAGCUGCGACGACUCGACGCUGUUUACGAUCGGGGGCACCGAUCGGACGCUGCUCCAGUGGAAGAUCGUCGGCGCAACUUGA